AAACCAUUUCGCCUUUACAGUUGGGGCACCUUAAGGCCAUUCCGAGGACUUUGCCUUGGGUCACAGAGCAAAGAUUUCUCCCAAGCAACUUGCCUUAAAAUAAGCAGGAACUUUCCAUCCUUUAGCAUUUUUAUCCAAGGAAGCUUUUAGAGGCACACCCAAACUACAUCUCUACAGGACACACCUAACUGCAUCUGACAAACGCAGUAUCUUUCUAAGCUUGUAUAUUUUGGUAACAAUUAGGUGUUCUAUGUAUAAUAAUCAACAAUCCUGUAACCGCCUUUCUUGUGGUCAGGCAUGUUAACAGAACAGAUACUGUGCAGAGGUUCCUGGACUCUUCCCCCUUUGAAAGACAGGAUAACUACUGACUGGUAGCUGCUUCACCAGUAACUUUCUGCAUUGCUUCUAUGGUGGACACAAAACACAGCUCAACAAGCCAGUUAAUGGAGUCUGUUUCAUGUAAAGAAUUUCCCUUGAGAAUGUAUUACUACACUGCAGUUUCAGCCUUGCUGACCCUCCAACCUCAGAGGGAGAGCCAGUUCUCAUCCUUAGGACCUAAAGCCCAAAGGGAUGUGAACGGAGUUGCUGGAGCAUGAACAACCCUUGAAAGCCAGUUUUGUAUGGCAUCUUUUUUCUCCAGGAGGAAAAAUGGCAUCAGCAGCAGUGGAUCCACAACCGAGCGUGGUGAUGAGGGUGGCCAACCUCCCCUUGGUGAGCUCUACCUACGACCUCGUGUCCUCCGCUUAUGUCAGUACAAAGGAUCAGUACCCAUAUUUGAGAUCCGUGUGUGAGAUGGCAGAGAAGGGUGUGAAGACCGUGACCUCUGUGGCUGUGACAAGUGCCCUGCCCAUUAUCCAGAAGCUGGAGCCUCAAAUUGCGGUUGCCAAUACCUAUGCCUGCAAAGGGCUAGACAGGAUGGAGGAAAGACUGCCCAUUCUGAACCAGCCAACAUCUGAGAUUGUUGCCAAUGCCAGAGGUGCUGUAACUGGAGCGAAGGAUGUAGUGACAACUACUAUGGCUGGAGCCAAGGAUUCUGUAGCCAGCACAGUCUCAGGGGUGGUGGAUAAGACCAAAGGAGCAGUUACUGGCAGCGUGGAAAGGACCAAGUCUGUGGUGAAUGGCAGCAUCAAUACGGUUUUGGGAAUGGUACAGCUUGUGAACAGUGGAGUAGAUAAUGCGAUUACCAAGUCGGAGCUGCUGGUAGACCAGUACUUCCCUCUCACUCAGAAGGAGCUGGAGAUGGAAGCAAAAAAGGUGGAAGGAUUUGAUAUGGUUCAAAAGCCGAGAUACUAUGAACGGCUGGAGUCCCUGUCCACCAAGCUCUGCUCUCGGGCCUAUCACCAGGCUCUAAUCAGGGUUAAAGAGGCCAAACAAAAGAGCCAGGAGACCAUUUCUCAGCUCCACUCCACUGUCAAUCUGAUUGAAUUCGCCAGGAAGAAUAUGCACAGUGCUAACCAGAAAAUUCAGGGUGCUCAGGAUAAGCUCUACGUCUCAUGGGUAGAGUGGAAGAGAAGCAUCGGCUAUGACGACACCGAUGAGUCCCACUGUGCUGAGCACAUCGAGUCACGUACUCUGGCUAUUGCCCGCAACCUGACCCAGCAGCUCCAGACUACAUGCCAGGCUGUCCUGGUCAACGCCCAAGGAUUACCACAGAACAUUCAAGAUCAGGCCAGACAAUUGGGGGUGAUGGCCGGCGACAUCUACUCAGUGUUCCGCAAUGCUGCCUCCUUUAAGGAAGUGUCUGAUGGCGUCCUCACUUCCAGCAAGGGGCAGCUGCAGAAAAUGAAGGAAUCCUUAGAUGAAGUUAUGGAUUACUUUGUUAACAACACACCUCUCAACUGGCUGGUAGGUCCCUUUUAUCCUCAGUCUACUGAGGUGGACAAGGCCAGCCUGAAGGUUCAGCAGUCUGAGCUCAAAGCUCAGUAAACCUGUCCUUGUCAUCAGUGCAUGAUGUUGCUGGCCAGGUGACACCUUUUGCUGUAUUGAAGUUAACCUGAUAGAUGGCU